CCGCCGGACCUCACGGAGACAGAUGCAUUAUAUCCGAAACGGCGCAAGAAGCUGUCUGGUUUCCCACCGCUUAUUUAAAAAAAGUCAUACAAGUUUUAAUAGAAAUGUGUGCUACUAUAUGGCUGUGUUAUACUACAUAAAAGUGAAUAUCUGAGGAUCCACAUAUAAAAAUUGCACUCUUUUAUUCCGUUAACCAACCUAUGGUAAAUUGGAAAGGGUAUGUAAAUAAAUAUCGAUGAGAAUUUGUUAGAAUAAUUGCACCUAGGCUUUCUCGAAUCAGCAAUAAUGCAUUAAAUAUAAAGAUUCUUUACGGCUUGGAGCUUGGCGAGCCGGCGGUCUCCGGGCGAGGAGCUCCUGCCGCGGACCGAGUCAGCGUUUCCGCGACAUUCAUCCGACUGCAGCUUGAAGUCGCACCUCCGUCUCAGUCCCCCUCUUCAAUUGCGGAGUGGCGUCACAUCUACAGGAGCAUCCAAUUCCUUAUCAGGAUGGAGGCUGUGGAAUUUCACCUAGGCAAUGAGCAGCCUUGGACAGCCUACUAUUUGCCGGGCGUCUCUGUAUGUGUGCAUGUCUGUAUGUGUGAACCUGCGAGCCGGAGGACAGUGUAAAAAUGCGUACCAACUAGAAUGACGAAGCAUCGACAAUGGCACCGUGGCAUCAAUGUGAUUAUAUGAAGGGCACCUGUCGCCGGCUCGUCGUUUUUUUCUUUAGCCAUAUCGGCGCUUGACAGUUGGCGUAAAGACCCAAGUGUCUCACCGCGUUUCGCUGCUUGAACAUAAAAAGCAAGGAGAGCCUCCGAAGCGGCGGCCGGUCUUCCCAUCUUCACAGCGCUGAUCGUUAACGGAUGAAGGUUCCCACCAUGUUCAUCUGCACCUCCGCUUCUCUCCCGCAAAUAUCCUGCAAGAAGAUGUUCUUUCUGCUUCUGGCAGUGAGCAGUCUGAGCCUCUUUCUGCACAACAGAGGCCGUUUCAUCUGGACUAUAAAAUCGUUCAAAUGGGCCAGUAACACCUCGUGCAGCCUGCCCUCUGCAGCCACAAAGCCGAAGCACAUGAGCAUCGCCUUCCUGAAGACGCACAAGACGGCCAGCAGCACCAUGCAGAACAUCCUGUUCCGCUUUGCCGAGCACCACAACCUCACCGUCGCCCUUCCACAGAGGCCAUGCGAUCACCAGUUCUGCUACCCAUCCUCCUUUAACUCCAAAUUCGUCCACCCCUACACACUGCCCGCCCACAUCAUCACCAGUCACAUGCGCUUCAACCACAGCGAGGUACAGCGCAUCAUGCCUAAUGACACCAUCUACAUCACCAUCCUGCGAGAGCCGGCCUCCAUGUUUGAGUCGCUGUUCAGCUACUACAACCAGUACUGCCCGAGCUUCAAGCGCGUCCCUGACAGCUCCCUGGAGACCUUCCUGAAAGAGCCCUGGCGUUACUUCCGUCCCACCGAGAAGGACUCCAUGUUCGCCCGCAACGCGCUGACCUAUGACCUGGGCGGGGAUAACAACCACCGGGCCAGCGACAAGGCUUAUGUGAAGGACUUCAUCGCCAACAUCGAGCGCAUCUUCUCCUUGGUCAUGAUCUCCGAGUACUUCGAUGAGUCGCUGGUGCUUCUGCGACACCUGUUCUCCUGGGAGCUGGAGGAUGUGCUCUACAUCAACCUGAACAUGCGCACCCCCAGCUCCCGGAGGUCCCUGCAACAGGGGCUUCCGGCCAGGAUCCGCAUCUGGAACGCUCUUGAUACCCAGCUCUAUAACCACUUCAACGCCAGCCUGUGGCGCCAGCUGGAUGCCCUGGGGCCGGACUGUGUGGCCCGGGAGGUGCAGCUGCUGCGCGAGGCCCGUGACCGCCUGGUGCGCGGCUGUUUCGGGGGCCCGCAGCCUCAGCCGCGCCCAGCGAACCAGAUCAAGGACAAGGUGUUGCGUCCGUGGCAGCCCAGCUCCAAGGUGACUAUCAUGGGCUACGAUCUGCCCCUCAACGCCUCCUACCUAGGCGCCAAGCCGGGCAGCGAGUCACGUGACCGCUGCCUGAAGCUCAUAAUGCCGGAGGUGCAGUACUCGCAGCGCUUGCUGCAGAUACAGUCGCUGCGGUACCGCAGGCGUUUAUCCGAUGUUCUGCGCCGCAAACUAGGCAGGGCUCCCUAA